AUGAAGACCGCAAGACCCGGUACUCUCCUACUCGUUGCCGCCGCCGUCGCAACGCUCUCCUCCGUUGAAGUCGAAGCGAAGGAGGAAUUCGUCAAGCUGAUCCCGAACGCUGCUCGCGUGCCCGGCGUCUCAGCCAUCGGCCACACGGACGGCACAGGCGCUUCGUCUGCCAACAACGACUUCGGCAAGGCCUUCGACAGCGCUGGGAAGGUGUGGACGCUGGACUUGUGCAAGGCCGACACGGACGGCGAUGGACAAACCAACGGCCAAGAGCUCGGGGAUCCGUGCUGCGAGUGGACCCAUGGCGCGCAGCCUCGCUGGACAUCAGGGGUUUCUCACCCGAGUGAUGCCACGAAAACGUCCAACGAGAGUCUGUGGGCCAAAAUCGACUGCUCGAAUGUCACCACGAUCGCAGCGUCGUCUGCUGCUAGCCCAGCGACCGGAACGGCGUCGAUGGUGACGAUUGCUGCCUUGGGUGUGGCUGCCAUGCUGAAUUUGGUGUAG